ACAUUACUAUAUGGAUUUCUCUCUCUUGAUCCGCAUAAUAGACUCAUAUCCGGAAGAUAAACUUUUGACCUCUAGUAGGUCACUUCCGGUAGAAACCCAUGCUUGAUUCAGUUUCUCUUAUCUUGCGAAAGUGUUCGCAUCUCCGUGAAUUUAGACUCUUUUCAAAGUCUUUGGACUUAGAAAGUUACUUUAUUAGUUGAGUUUCGUUUUAUUCAACUUCUAUUGGAUUAUGGCGUCGAAUAAAUCGGCGGAAGAAGGAGAACUUGCCUCGGAUAGUGGUUCCGACGUGACAAACACGUCGUCGCACUCGCCUCGUGGAUCGAGUGAAAUUCCUCACCAUUCAAGGUCAAGUAAGAAGAAAAAGGGUAAAAAACAUUCUAAGUAUUAUGAAUUGAGUAGACGUUUUUCUGUUAUUGAAGACAUGUUACACAAAAUGUUAGAUAAAGAACAGUCUCGCCCUCGUGAGGGAAGUUCUAGGGACUUGACAAACAAGUCGACGGUUUCGGUACAAAAUUCGUCACAAAGACGAUUAUUUAGCGAUAAUGAAAGUGAUUUAGAAGAUCAAGUUUCUAUUAUGGCUCAUGGACAAAUUUCCCCACGUGAUUAUGACUCCGAAAAAUCGGACUGUGAGUUAGAAAAUUCUGCAAGUGCUCUUUCACAAAGAGAAGAACAUUUAUCAGACAUGCAAAAGAAAUGUCUCGUGGACAUGUUUGGGGAUGAUGCCCUGGUUAAGAAGAAUGAAAAAAAAAGAUGGUUUGGUGUUAGAUUCAUCACAAAUUGAAGUGUUAAAUAACAGUUACAGAUGUAAAGAGCCAAAUUUUCUGUCUGCCUUUUCUGAGGAAAAUUUUGAUCUUUUUCCUGUGGACAGUGAAUCAGAAAAAUGGUUACAGGUGCCUCCUCUUGAUUCUUUAGUUGAAUGUUGCUUAACUAAACGUUUUGGUAACAGAGCCUCUUUUGUUAAAAGUAAAGGCAGGACUUUAUUUACUCAGCCUUGUAAAAUGGUAGAAAAAAUUGCUUACAAAGGGCAACAAGCAGCUCGUCUAGGUUUAAUUAUACAGAUGUACAUCCAACAGAGCUUAGGUAAUUUUCUACAGUUUCUGGAAUCAGACGAUUUCAAUAAAGAGAAGGCAACCCAACAUGUUAAAGAUGUGUUUGCCAUGUCAACUAAGGCUCUUGACCAGUUAGGUCGUUCAGGGGCGUUCCACCAUGUUAUCAGAAGAUCGGUAGCUAUGACAGAUACUGCUCUUUUUGAGCAACCAGACAAUUUGGAAUUUUCUAAUUUACCUUUAACUGGUGAGGGUGUGUUUGGUGCCGGUUUAGAGUCUUUGUUAAAAGCUCGCAAAGAGAAAAAGAAACAGAUUGACGAUUUAAUUCCAGAUGUUAAAAGGUCUGGCUUUAAAAGGAAGUUCUCGGGUGCCCAACCAGAUUCGAGUAAAAGACCUACUCCAGAUAGAUUUUUUGACAGGCCGUCAGCUUCUACUUCUAAGUGGGAUAAUUUUCGUAUCCCAAGACUGUCAAGAGAUAAAACUGACAGCAGACCGCAGUCAUCAUAUAAGUCAAGGGGCAGUUUUGGUAGUUACCCAAGACGAUCAACAUCCUUUCCAGGUAGAGGAAAAUUGGCAAAAUCAGAUGGAAAAUGACUCUGAUGUCUGGAAAAAGCUCCAUUUGAACCUUUGAGAGAUGUACCAUUGAAGUAUUUAACAUGGAAAACCUGUUUUUUACUGGCUAUAACAACUUUUAGACGUUGCAGCGAUCUACAGUCUUUACAAUUAGGUGAAGGCUCU